AAGCCCCUACCCCAUCAUCACCCCUAAACUUCAUGGCCAAGAAGCGCUCCCAAUUCAUUGCCGUCCAGUCUCAAACUUGGAGUCUCUUGAAUCCGGAGGAAGCAUGCAUCCUAUGUCAACAGUUUCAAUUCAAAGACCUGAAUUCCAAAAUUUCUUUCCUAAUGGGUGUCCAAGCCGGGAUAAAUGUCUAAGAAUUACUGCCUCUUGGACCAUCUUGAACAGGGCGAUGGGCUCAAAAUUCCACGCUAUGAUGAAUAAUAAAAAGGAAGAAGUUUCAGUACAGCUUUCAACAUCAUCCAUGCUCGUGGCGGAAAUUCUGGGGUGCGAUAAUCUACAUUGUGACGAAUCGCAGCCAUCAUAUCAAGAAUUGGCUCCAGAUAAUAUGUUCGAGUUUGGGCAAUUUGUUGCCCGAGAAGCCAUGCUUGAUGAAGAGUAUUGGACAGCAGCGUGGCUAAGGGCAGAAAGUCACUGGGAGGAUCGAACUUAUGAACGAUAUAUUGAUAACUACAAAAGAAAAUUUGCGGAGCAGGAAUAUAACGCAGUAAAGAGGCGAUGCAGAGGGCAAACCAGGGAGAGCUGUACAUGCAUUAUCACGGUGAAUAACGAGCAGAAGAAUGUAAAAGGGUCAAUAUUGAAAAGCGUGGUUGGGACCCUUGAUUUGAGCAUUGGAUAUUUGCUGAAGGGAGAGACCUUUCCUGGGGAAGGGGUGAAGGCUCCUCCUCUUCUUUUUCGUAGCAUAGACAGAACACCGCCAAGCAGAUAUGGCUAUAUCGCAAACUUAUGUGUUGCCAAAUCAGCUCGUCGGGUGGGCAUUGCCAGCAACAUGCUGUAUUUUGCUGUUGAAUAUGCUAAAUCUCAUGGGGCGGAACAGGCGUAUGUGCACGUUGACCCAAACAACAGACCUGCACAGAUAUUGUACCAAAAAAUGGGUUUUGAGAUGGUCGAACCGGCGCAUGAUCAUUUGUCACCCCAGCAACCGUACUUGCUUCGCUUACAUAUAUAGAUCAAUCCAAAACAUGGUGUACUAUAUAUGAUUUGAUUGGACACACACCGAUGAACAAUUAUUUGUCUUGGAUUGUCAAGGUUUACAAAAUUAGAUUCAAAACUUCGAUAAACUCAUGUCACAAGAAACUUGAGCAGACACAGAUAUGAUCAA